AUGAAUUCAAGUACAGACAACAGCCAUAUACCUCGAAGUUUUAGCCUGUUGGCUUUCACUGAAAAUGGAGACCUUACAUUUCCUUUGUUCUUUGGAAUGUUAUUAGUCUACCUUGUUGCAUUGGUUGGAAAUGCGAUUCUUAUUACACUUGUGUGUCUGGUGCCGCAGUUGCACACACCCAUGUAUAUGUUCCUCUGUAACCUCUCAGUCCAAGAUAUUUUAUACGUCUCUAUCAUUUUGCCAAAGUUCCUUGCCAUUACCAUAUCCAGAAACUCCAGUAUUUCCUUUCAAUUUUGUAUUACACAGGACACUUUGUUUAUAUAUUGCGUGGAAGCUGAAUUUUUGCUACUGUCUAUUAUGUCUUAUGACCGCUAUGUGGCCAUUUGUCUCCCACUUCGUUAUUUUGCUACCAUGAACAACAGGACUUGUGGUCUUCUGGCCUUUACUUCCUGGUUUAUUGCAGUCAUAGAUUCUUUACCAUUCUCCUUACUCAUAUCUAAUUUGUCCUUCUGUAAAUCCAAGGAAAUCAAUCAUUUAUUCUGUGAUCUAAAAGCCUUGCUCAAGAUUUCCUGCAACGACACCACAAAUAUCACCAACAUGAUACUUAUCCAGGGAAGUUUCAUUGGAUGUCUCCCCUUUUUAUUGAUCCUCACAUCUUAUGCUAAUAUCAUAUUCACUGUUCUACAAAUACGCUCUUCAGAUGGGAAGAUGAAAGCUUUCUCCACUUGCUCUUCACACCUAACAGUGGUCUUAAUGUUUUGUGGAACAUGUCUUGGUCAGUACAUGAUACCAAAAUCUGAAAGUUCAGAAGAACAGGACAAGGUUCUCUCAUUAUUAUAUGUUGCCAUUGUACCAAUGUUAAAUCCUCUUGUCUACAGCCUUAGGAAUAAACAGGUUUUAACAGCUUUUGAAAAGUUAUUCAAAAUUACCCAGUCUUCUGAGUAG